AUGAGUUCCCCCGACCCCCAUCCCGCUAGUGGCGACCGUCCGGCGUCGAGAGAUUCACCCGCUAUAUGGCAUCCGGCGAGAGAAUGGCUUGAAGAGGAUGAGGAAGAUGAUAUGGACUAUGAACCUGAGACUGAAAUUUCAGAGCAUUCAGAGGACAGACCCCACCCGGAUGAGGACCAUUUCAUCGACGAGGACGACGAGGACGGCUUCUACGGCGUUCAUCUAAAUUAUCUCGACCCUGAAUUACAUCUAGGUAACAUACAUAUUGAAUUCUCCAUGGACGAAGGAAAUUUGGAACAGUCUGGAGAAGCGGCGGGUCAGGCCGGUGGCAGGCAUUCCCGAGCAGUUUCCGCCACCCGGUUGUUGAAUCUACUAGCAUCAAACGGCCUGCGACAUAUUCUUCAGUAUAGUCGGGCUGGCGGCCAAAUGGAUGACGAUGAUGAAGAUGAAGACGAGGAGCUUGCUGGUUUUUUUGGAUUUAGGCGACGAGCACGACGGGGUGGAGGUGAUCCGGCACCCCAAGUACCCAGCGAAGAAGGGGCGAAGUUGAUGGCUUCUGGCGACUUUGGAAGCAAUUCAUAUUAUACGGAUGAGUUGAAAAAGAGGAGGAAAAGCCUUGCGACGAGGACGAUGUGGCGGGAACUAGGUAUUGAUCUGUCUGGUCCGAGGCAGGAGGUGCAGGCGAUUACUCAAGGUCUUAUACCUGGUUCAGUUGCCGACAAGAUCAUUCACUUCGACUCAAGGUGCUACUCGGGACAAUUUUCCGAUGAUGGCAACUUUUUCUUCUCCUGUUCGCAGGACUUCAGGGUUAGGAUGUAUGAUACGUCUAACCCGUACGAAUGGAAAUAUUACAAAACCGUGACCUACCCUUUUGGCCAGUGGACCAUCACCGAUGCCACCCUGAGUCCAGACAACAGAUUUCUAGCGUAUACUUCCAUACGGAACCUUGUUUGUCUUGCUCCUACAGAUCCACUUGAUUCCUCGGAGCCGUCGGUGCUAGAUCUUUCGUCCUCUCAUGGAAGACAAUUUGGUAUCUGGUCGGUUCGGUUUUCAGGUGACGGCCGUGAAAUAGUUGCAGGCACGUCCGAUAACUCGGUUAUUGUCUACGACCUUGAAACCCGGCAGUCAGUCCUACGCCUACGCAACCACGAAGAUGAUGUGAAUGCUGUUUGUUUUGGUGACAAGUCUUCCCCUCACAUUCUCUACUCCGGGUCCGAUGAUAGCACGCUACGAGUGUGGGACAGACGCUCAAUGGGUGACGGGCGUGAUGGUCGAUAUGUGCUUUCCAAUGGCAAGGACCAGAACAUGAAGCUCUGGGAUCUAAGGAAGAUGAUGACUACAGCGCGGUUCGAUACUAUUGAUGCCCAGGAUUACACCAGCGGCUUCGAUUACAGGUUCGAGCCAUACCCCGAAAACUACUACGAGGCGCAUCCACACGAUUGCUCCGUGGUCACAUUCCGAGGCCAUCGGGUCCUCAAAACCUUAAUACGAUGCCAUUUCUCGCCGCCAGACAGCACGAACUCCAGAUAUGUGUAUACUGGAAGUGAAGAUGGCAAAGUUUAUGUGUACAACUUGGAUGCAACCCUUGCCGGAACCAUCGACGUCGGUCAGGCAACGGUGGACACUCGACCGCAAGACCCCGACGUAACCAAUAGUGCAUAUGACUUCAGCAGCCGCGCUGGCGAUUUGGCAUGGCAAACAUGUGUCCGAGACGCAAGCUGGCAUCCCAACGCCCCUGUGCUAGCCGCAACGUCAUGGAAUGGCUGGGGCCUUUCGACCGGCACCUGCACCGUCCAUUCUUGGAAUGGCGGCGCCGCCGAGGACGAGGGGACUCCGCCGGUCUCCAAAAAUUACGAUUGCCGGCUGAAAUCCGUGCUCGAAUAUGACCAGUUCAAGGAAACAAUCCAUCACCUUCGAAGCCGACCCGUAUAUCGGCGGAGGUUAGAAGAUGACGAGUACGCGGGUGAAAUAUGGUGA